AAAGGGAGUGGUACAUAUCUUCGUCACGUACAAUUGCCAUUAAUACCAACAGAGAAAUGUCCAGUUGAAGGAGUAGAUAAGGAACUGCAUUUAUGUGCAGGCGUAAUAGAAGGUGGACGUGAUGCUUGUCAAGGCGAUAGUGGUGGUCCAUUAUUAUGUAAUGGUACGCAAAUUGGUAUAGUAUCAUGGGGAAAAGGCUGUGCUCGUCCUAAUCUACCAGGUGUAUAUUGUCGAUUAGACUUAUAUUUAAAUUGGUUAAACGAUACUAUUGAAAAUAAUACUGCAUCCCAAACUGUUUUUAAUGUUACCAAUAUAUUCAUUUUAAUAAUAUUCUUUAUAAUAUAA